UGAUAAUAAUACUAUUUUAUCCAAUGAGACGACUAUCAUGUAGUAUAUAUACGCACACACUUAUAGAUAUGAUUGUUAAAUUCAUGGUCGUCUUCUCGUCUUCAUUAAAUAACCCAAAAUCAGUUUCAGCGCAAAGCCUUUAAUCUCAACAGUCUCUCCAUUUUCAAACAAACUCUUCACAUUCUCGAGAAAAUAUCAUUUUCCCAGAUUCAGUGCCUACUUUCCUCGGAAAAUGGAUUCUGUUAUCAAUUGGUGAUGUACAUUGAGCAAAGAAGCUCGCAGAUUCGAUCGCAAAAUAAUGAAUCCGUCGACUUCUCCCGAACCGUCUCUCGGCGGGAAACGACGUCGAAGACUCUCGACGCCGUCGCUGUGCUGCGGAGGAUCCACGGCGGCGGAGUUUUGCGGUGGCACGACGGCGGAUUUCGCCGCCUUAUGUUGCUGCGGUCCUUGCAGCGUCGUCAGCCUCGUCGUCCUCGCCGUAUACAAGAUCCCUCGCGGACUCUUCCGCCGUGUGCGGCGGAGACGACGGCUGGCGAAGAGAGGAAACGGAGAUUCAAAGCUGAGCAAAGUCGGGAGCUCGAAGUUCGCCGUUCAUCCGGUAGAGAGCAGAGACGAGGAAGAUCUCGAUAAGCUAGCGAUGGAGCUGAAGGACGGAGGAGAAGGAGAAGACGAGGAGGUGGUUGCGUUAGAGAAGGAGAUGUGGAGCAGAUUCUACAGUGGCGGUUUCUGGCGAAGCCUUUCGCAAGUUGAAACGGCGUCGUCUCCCAAAACCGAUUAGAGAAUCAGAUUCGUAGUUGUUGUAAGACAGUGUGAAUAGUCUCAGAGGAACCAUUUUCAUCUUUAUGUUAAUUAUUAUG